GCUGAAAAGCUGAUAUGGAGGGGCAUCCAACCCCUACUUUCCAAGUAAACAUUUGAGAAGUAUCGAUAUCCACCUUAUUUUGUUCUAAAUUUAUGUGUCAUGUUCUUUCAGGAUGGAAUGCAUGUAUUGCGCUGGUCUGUGGCAAUUGUGUUGUCUGGAAAGGUGCUCCAACAACACCUUUGGUUACCAUAGCAAUGACAAAAAUUGUGGCUAGUGUAUUGGAGAAAAACAAUUUACCUGGUUCAAUUUUUACUGCCUUAUGCGGUGGAGCUGAAAUUGGUGAAGCAUUAGCAAAGGACACACGAAUUCCUCUAGUCUCGUUCACUGGGAGCUCAAAGGUUGGUCUUGCAGUUCAGCAAACAGUAAGUCAGAGAUUUGGAAAAUGUCUACUAGAACUAAGUGGAAACAAUGCCAUCAUAGUAAUGGAUGAUGCAGACAUUGAACUUUCUGUUCGUUCUGUUUUAUUUGCUGCUGUUAGUACGGCUGGUCAGUGCUGUACAACAUGCCGAAGACUGGUAUUGCAUUAAUUGUUUAAAAUUCCAUUCAGUUUUCAGUUUAAAGAUUUCACUUUCAGAACUUCUUACUGUUUCUUCAUAAAUAUUUUUCUGCAUGAAUCUUGUUCAUGAAACAGUAUAUGAGAAGGUUCUUAAACCACUGGUGGAGGUGUACAAGCAAGUUAAGAUAGGGGAUCCUUUAGAAAACGGUACCUUACUUGGGCCAGUGCAUACUCGUACUUCUAGGGAAAACUUCGAGAAGGGAAUACAAAAUAUCAAGUCCUAGGUAUGUCCAGUUUCUUGAGACUUUCAUUCCCCUAAUUAUUUCUGCAUUGGCAUUUAUUUCCCUCUCCUCCCUGGUGUUGCCCGACCCCUUCGUAUAUAUGUUGAUGGUGAGAACAGUUGUUCCAAAUGCACAAGAGUUUGUCUAACAAUUUGAUUAGAAAUAGUAAAUGUCAGAUCAUAAUGGUCAUAAUAUUUUUAAAAAUAAAAUGGAGACCACAUUUUGUUUACUCAGCUGGACUUAGGAGUUAGGACUUAAGACUACAUCCAUAUAUUGGAAUUGAAUUUUUUUCCCUUCUCAAUAGAGGGAAAAGUGUGAGUUGAACUUUGUUUUUUAAAAUGAAUGUUUUGCAGGGUGGAAAGAUCCUUACAGGUGGUUCAGUCAUAGAAUCUGAGGGUAACUUUGUGCAUCCAACAAUCGUUGAAAUUUCUCCAAAAGCUGAAAUUGUGAAGGAAGAAUUGUUUGGUCCAGUUCUUUAUGUAAUGAAGUUUAAGACUUUCGAAGAAGCAGUUGAAAUUAACAACUCUGUCCCUCAAGGUCUAAGUAGUUCCAUCUUCACCCAAAAUCCAGAAUUUUAAACUAAAGUUUUUUAGAAUUUGAUAGUUUUUUCUGUUGAAUACCUAAUUUAAGUUGGUUGCUAAUUUUACCUUUUUAUUUCAGAAUCAAUAUCAACAUUCAAAGGCGGAGUUCUUCGUACUAAGCCACCCGACACACAGGUGACAGAAGAACAAAUGGAGGAAAGGUGGCUUGAGAGUGUUGGUGGUCCCACUAGUUUAAUGUUUUGUGGAUGUUUGCAAAGGUUGUGAAGUAGUUUAAUGUUGUGUAGAUGUUUGCGAAUGUUGAAGUAGCUUAAUGUCUCUUCGGAAUGUUUGACUGACGUUUUGAUUCAACUUUGAAGUAGUUUCGAAUUGAAUUUGACGUAUUGUUGGUUGUAAUAUAUGUGUUUAUUGAAGUAGCUUAAUGUUUUAUGUUUUUCAGUACUUUGGUGAAUUGUUGGCAGCUAUUUGAGCCGGUUUUAGUUGAAUAUAAAAUUGUUUCAUCU